GAUUUAUUUAAAUAUCUCCAGCUCACGCACCAUGGUUUUUCAAACUAGGCUCCCUUCUUGGAUUAUUUUGUGUAACAUCUGGCUGCUUCAGUUUGCACACACGGGGGAGGCACAGGCUGCGAAAGAAGUAAUAUUGCUGGAUUCUAAAGCACAACAGACAGAGUUGGAAUGGAUUUCUUCUCCUCCCAAUGGGUGGGAAGAAAUUAGCGGACUGGAUGAAAACUACACGCCUAUACGAACAUACCAGGUAUGCCAAGUCAUGGAACCCAACCAAAAUAACUGGCUACGGACUAACUGGAUCACGAAAGGCAAUGCACAAAGGAUUUUUGUAGAACUAAAAUUCACUCUGAGGGAUUGUAAUAGCCUUCCUGGAGUCCUGGGGACAUGUAAAGAAACGUUCAACUUGCAUUAUUAUGAAACAGACUAUGACACUGGAAGGAGUAUCAGAGAAAGCCAGUAUGUAAAAAUAGACACUAUUGCAGCUGAUGAAAGCUUUACCCAAGGUGACCUUGGGGAGAGAAAAAUGAAACUUAAUACAGAAGUGAGAGAGAUCGGACCUCUGUCCAAGAAAGGAUUCUACCUUGCAUUUCAGGAUGUAGGGGCUUGCAUUGCUCUGGUUUCUGUCAAAGUGUACUAUAAGAAGUGCUGGUCCAUUAUUGAGAACUUAGCGAUUUUUCCAGACACAGUAACUGGGUCAGAGUUCUCCUCCUUAGUUGAGGUCCGAGGAACGUGCGUCAGUAGUGCGGAAGAAGAAGCCGAAAACUCCCCUAGAAUGCAUUGUAGUGCAGAGGGAGAAUGGUUAGUGCCAAUUGGGAAGUGUAUCUGCAAAGCUGGCUUCCAGCAAAAAGGAGACACGUGCGAACGUAAGUAGAAAACAUAU